GAAACUCCAUGGGAACUGUGUACCCACCCCACCCCCUCAGAGCCCCGCGUGUGCAGCGGCUCCCUAACGGAGCUACGUGGGCGCAGCGUCCCCCUGGCGGAGCUCCGCCUGACGAGGGCCGGCCGCCGCUCCUUCCCCGCAGGUGGCGCCGCAGUCCCUCGGCCGUCCCCCGGGCCCCGGGCGCGGUUUGAAGCCGGCGUCUCCCUCCCGCGGCCCGAGUCCCGCACCCGGCCCCCAGCCCGAGACCCCGACCCGGCUACCUGCCCGCCGUCCCGGAGCGGGGUACCCAUGGAGGCGACCGAAAGGAGAAGAAGCCGAAAAUCCCAGAGCUUCAAGAGAGUGGCCGAAGAUUGUCCAGAUGAUAACUGUUCCGACAGCAGUAGUGAACAUGUAGGAAAGCUGCAGGAUUCUCUGUACGUCACAGAUAACAUAUGCCAGGGCCUGAAGAAGCAAGUUUCUGGGAUGCGGCGCCUACUGGAUAACAGGGUGAACUGUGUGAGGGUCCAUCAGCCCUUGAUGCAGAGCAGAGGAAAGGAGAAGCGGGAACCAGAGGCUCGCGAGUUUAUGUGGCUCCAACGCAGCACAGGUCUGCCCAGUGCCCAUCGCGACGAACCGCAUUCGUCCCAGAGUGUCGUCUGGAAGGAUAUCCAGGUUCAGACACAUGACACUUUUGUUUCGGGGGGAUACAGCAGGGAAGGCAGCAGGCCAUCCAAACCAAUGAUCGAUGCAAAUACUGAAAGAAUUCAAGGCAUCUUGGAAAGCAAUGGGGAGAUGCCUUAUUCUGCAUUGGGGUCUAACUGUUGUAUGUGCAAUUGUCAGCCAACAUUGCUAGCAAUACUGCAGGAACUUCGGACGCUGCGAGAGCUGAUGCAGGCACAAGCAGGUCCUCAGAAUGCAGUUCAUGUGGCAUCCACCCACACAAAUCCAUUCCGGUCAACUUUGCUACGGAAUAAAAUCAUUAAAAAAAGACUGAUCCACAGGCUCAGGCCUGUUCCGGCUCAGCCCAGUCGGAAGUUUCACAGUCAGAACGUCAGCGUGCCACAGGCAGAGAGGAACCACGCAUUGUCCACGGAGAGGUUGAACACAGACAUGAACCCAAGGCAGGCUGCACCAGCCCGAGGAGAGAGCUGUAUUCCUGAAAUGGAAAGCAUGCACAACAGUGAUCUUUUAGAGCCUGAAGUCCGACUGGCAGAUGGUUAUGAUGUGUUCAUUCCCAAGUCACAGCUUGAGUCCAUAUUGCUCAAUUACUCCCGCACUGGAAGUCUGCUUUUUCGGAAACUUGUCUCCGCGUUUUUUGAUGAUCGAACACUGGCGAAUUCUCUUCCAAAUGGGAAAAGGAAACGAGGGGCCAAUGACAACAGGAAAGGUCUGGAUCAAAAUAUCGUGGGAGCAAUAAAAGUUUUCACAGAGAAAUAUUGCACAUUAAAUCAGAUUGACCGAGUUCCUGGACCAAAGGAUUGGAUACAGAUUCUCCAGGAUCAAAUUAAGCUGGCAAGAAAGCGCUUAAAAAGAGGUUCUGUUCUAGAGCCAUUUGAAUCCAGUGGGAAGAUUGGAACCAGUUUCAUCAUAAGUACUGGAGGAAGCAGUAAUGCGGCCAGCUCAAGUAACGUAUGGAACGAUUCGGAGCCACUCCGAGCAGUUCAGAUGUGAUGUUUGGACAGCUGCCUUUUCACCAAUGGAACGUGGCCAGUGGAGCAGCUAGUUCAAAGUCAACCCUUCACAUUCAGAUUCAUUUUCUCUCUUUCAUCUGUCAACUUCUAGAUCAGUUGUGAUGUUCCUUUAUUAAUCCUUUAUUCACUUAGCAUUCAAGUUAACCAUAAUAAUUCUUCUUCUGAUGAGGAUUCCUGUUGCUCGAAACACCAAUUUGUGUUGCUGUUUCAUACAGUGCAGACAUAGGCCCUUCGGUCCAUCUCAUCCAUGCUGACCGAGUUGCCUACCUAAGCAAAUCCCAGUUGCCUGCAUUUGUCCCUUAUCCCUUUAAGCCAGGGGUUCCCAACCUGGGGUCCAUGGACCCCGAGCUUAAUGAUAUUGGUCCAUGGCAUAAAAUAGUCGGGAAAUCCUGCUGUAGGAAAGGCUUGUCCUCCUUCCAAUCCCCACCACCUUAUUCUGGCUCCUUUGCAGUCCUGAAGAAGGAACUUGACCUCGAAAUGUUGACCGUUUAUUCCCCUCCAUAGAUGCUGCCUGACCUGCUGAGUUCCUCUGGCAUUUUGUGUGUGACACAACGUACAUUUUUGAAUGUAUUUGGAAGUGCAUUAACAACCAACACAACCUAAGGAUAUGCUGGGGGCAGUCUGCAAGUGUGGACACAUUCUGGCACCAAUACAGCAUACCCACAGUGUUUACAACAACAAAACAAACAACAGCAAAUCAAGCUCCUUACCCACCCACCCACCCACCCACUGAUAUACACAGAUAUCCCUCAAACCAGGGUUGCAUCCUCUUCAAUGUUCAAGUUGUUACAGGGAUCUCUUUGAACAUUGAACACUACAGCACAGUACAGACCCUUCAGCCCACAAUGUCGUGCCAACCUUAUAACCUACACCAAAGUCCAUCUAACCCUUCCCUCCCACAUAGCCCUCUAUUUUUCUAUCAGCUGUGUGCCUAUCUUAAGGGUCCCUUAAAUGCCCCUAAUUUAUCUACUUCUAUCACCACUCCUGGCAGGUUUUCCAUGCACCCACCACUCUCUGUGUAAAAAAUCUUUCCUCUGACACCCCGUUCUGCUUAUGCUUUCCUCCAAUCACCUUAAAAGUAUGCCCUCUUCUAUUAGCCAUUUCCACCCUGGGCAAAAGUCUUUGGCUGUCCACUCUCUCUAUGCCUCUUACCAUCUUGCACACUUCUGUCAAGUCACCUCUUGUCCUCCUUCACUCCAAAGAGGAAAGCUCACCCUAUGUUCAUAAGACAUAUUCUCUAAUCCAGACAGCAUCCUGGUAAAACUCCUCUGCAGCCUCGCUAAAGCUUCUACAUCGUUACUAUAGUGAAGCGACCAGAACUAAACACAAUAUUCCAAGUGUGAUCUAACCAGAGGUUUAUAGAGCUGCAACAAUACCUCAUAGCUCUUGAACUCAAUUCCCUGACUAAAGAAGGCCAAUACACCAUAUACUUUCUUAAUUACCCUACCAACUUGCACGGCAACUGUGAGGAAUCUAUGGACAUGGACCCCAAGACCCCUCUGUUCCGCACACUAUCAAGAAUCUAGCCGUUAACCCUGUACUCUGGACUUUGGUAUAAUUUGGAAUCUUCUGUGAACUGCAGAAGAUGAACAGUUAUUAUUUUUGUUAGAUAUUUGGUCCCCGAUGAUAUCAUGGUGGGGUCAGAGGAGGCAGUUCGGUGCAAGUCAUUGACUAACAGAACAAGCUUACAAAGUUAAACAGCUCACUCCAUUAUUGUGCUCCUGCAACACCCCCAUCCUGAGAGGGAUGUUACCUUCACCACUUACAUAGUUAUUUUUAUUUAGAGAUCCAGUGUGGAACAGUCCCUUCCGGCCCAAUGAGCUGCAUUGCCCGGCAACCCACCUAUUUAACUCUACCCUAAUCACAGGAGAAUUUACAAUGACCAAUUAACCUACUAACCGGUACAUCUUUGGACUGUGGGAGGAUACCAGAGCAUUGGAGGAAACCCACACAGUCAUGGAGAGAACGUACAAAUCCUUAUGAAGAGCACCAGAAUUCAACUCUGAACUACUACAACUACGCCCAGUUAGAUAAUUGUUUGCCAACAGUAUAAUGGAAGAUGGGGGUGGUGGGUUGUGAAGGCAGUAAGACUGACAGAACAAUCUUACGAAGUUAAACAGCUCACUCUGUUAUUGUGCCCCUGCAGUACCCCCAUCCUGAGAGGGAUGUUAUCUCACCUUCACCACUUAGUUAUCAGAUUAGCAUAAUCAUUUAAAAGAACGCUUCUUUCAGCAGAGAUUUACUUUUGCUUGUCACGUCUGUGGAUUGUUCAGUGGUCUUUAAAUGAAGAAACUGUGAUAAAUGUGAAGUUUUAAUAGCAGAGGCAGUAUUAUGCAAUUACUACUGGCCCAAAUUAGUACUUAAUCCAGCUCCUUUUAGUUGCCCGCAACACUGAAGGAAAAUGGGUGUAUAUCCCUGUAGGUGAUAUUGGUGCUCUCAGAUUAGACAUGAAGAUGCUGUUAACAAGAGGGAUUGCUUUACAGAUUGAUUUUACUAGCUAGUUCAAGAACAUAUUUGUGCAAUUAACAACUUAGUUCAGAAAUAAUUUAUAAUUGAUUUUGUUUUAGAGGCUUCUUUACUAAUUGUUAGUUUUUAAAAUUGAAUAAUUUUUAAAAAAAUAUCCUCAUUUUAUAAGAUCAUUGAGGAAUGUAAAUAAUUUGAAUUUUUAUUAGAAAUUGUGCAAUUAGUUAAACCUGGAGCAAAAAAGUACUGUAAUAUAUUGUCAGUUACAAUUGUUUUAAUAUGUAACACUUGUAUUCAUCUUUGUAAUAAAAGUUGCUACAAUUGUUAUUGGCUUCUUGUUGCUACUUUAUA